GAGUCCUAUCCUUAAACUGAGACCAGAGAAGAGAAAUCAUUGUAAUAAAUAUUCCUGGAUAACAUUAAAAUGGCUACGUGGCUAAACACAAGCCUGUGCUGACGCUACUAUUGGAUCUCUCAAGAAACGCAUUGGUAAGGUCCUUUUUGGCACGCAAACAUGGCUUCUCUACUUUGUCCUACUCCAUGUACACUUAAAAAUAAUUCUAGGAUUGCCUCUGCUUGCUUCUCACCUUUGAAGCUGGCUUCUAGAACUAAUCUCUGUAUCUUCACUAGCCGUUUCAAAAGGAACGCAACAAGGUGUAGUGCAUUUUUUGGGAACGUCCAAGAAGUUCUGGUAGAGAACAACCUUCAUCUAGAUCAAUUUCCUGUUUUCCAAUAUGGGUUUUUGCAAUAUCAGAGAGCUACUGAGGAAUUAUCAGAGAUGCAGAAGUGGGGGUUCCUGGUAUUUGCUGGGGUGACGUGGGUUUAUUUAACUGCAAGGCCUGGUGUUCUUGUGGGUGCCAUUGAUGCUUAUCUUCUGGCCCCUCUGCAACUGGGUUUGGAUAGUUUGAGUGGAAAGAGGAACUUGAAGACUUCAGAUUUUGUGAUAGGAAAAAAACUGGGAGAAGGGAGUUUUGGUGUUGUUUAUUCUGGUGCUGUUGUUCCAAAAAACGUAGCUGCAGAAAGGAAGGUGCAGAAGAGAGGAAGAAAAAAUGACUUGGAGUUGGAUGAGAGGGUCAAGGAGAAGGUCAUUCUCAAAAAGAUAAAGGUUGGAAUCCAAGGGGCUGAAGAAUGUGGCGAUUUUGAGGUGUGGUUUAACUACAGACUGUCCAGAGCAGCUCCUGAAACAUGCGCUGAGUUCCUUGGAAGUUUCGUUGCCGACAAAACAAAUUCACAAUUCAAGAAGGGUGGAAAAUGGCUUGUUUGGAAAUUUGAGGGAGAUCGAGAUCUUGCUGAUUACAUGAGGGAUCGCAGCUUCCCUUUAAACUUAGAGUCUCUCAUGUUUGGACGUGUCUUGCAAGGAGUGAAUUCUGUUGAACGUGAUGCAUUGAUCAUCAAGCAGAUAAUGCGCCAAAUUGUUACCUCACUGAAGAAAAUCCACGAUACUGGCAUUGUUCAUCGCGAUGUAAAGCCUGCCAACUUAGUGGUGACAAAAAAGGGACAGAUCAAGCUCAUAGAUUUUGGGGCGGCCACAGACCUUCGUAUUGGCAAGAACUAUGUACCCAAUCGUAGCCUGCUGGAUCCUGAUUAUUGUCCCCCUGAACUGUAUGUACUCCCAGAGGAAACACCAAGUCCUCCUCCGGAGCCAAUUGCUGCACUUCUUUCUCCAAUUCUUUGGCAGCUGAACAGUCCUGAUCUGUUUGAUAUGUAUUCUGCUGGAAUUGUACUCUUGCAAAUGUCAAUACCUGCCUUAAGGUCUACAUCGGGCUUAAAGAAUUUCAAUGCAGAAAUAAAAACAAAUGGAUAUGACUUGAAUAAAUGGAGGGACUACACGCGGUUGAGGGCUGACUUUGCAAUUCUUGAUCUUGACUCGGGUAGAGGGUGGGAUCUGGCCACAAGGCUUAUAUCAGAGAGAGGUUUUCUCAGAAGAGGGCGUAUGUCUGCUGCUGCUGCUCUAAGGCAUCCUUAUUUUUUGUUGGGUGGUGACCAGGCAGCUGCUGUUCUUUCAAAAUUAAGCUUUACAAGGAAGUGAGCUACUUGGAGAUUGGCAGAAGUAUCGAAGAGGCUCUAUGAAUGCUUCCCGGCCAAUUUACGAACUUGCCAUUUUUGCAUAUGGUGACUGAGGUACUUGAAUAUGCAUUGCAUGCUAAAGGGAUCCUUAUAUUUUAUUUGGCCCUUUGGUGUGAUUGUAAGUUUGCAACUAGUCACAGUAAUUCAGAUUUUUUUUGUUAAGUCCACAAAAUUUCUCUCUCUUUUUUUUUUUUCCUCCAGAGAUCAAAAUGUUCAUUCUCAAUUGUCAAAUAACUCGCUCUACAAAUUUCAUUAGCUCCAUCAAUGCUGAGGAUAUUUCUGACUGAAGGAGGAUUCAAAUGGUGUGCUGAGGCCAUGACCAUAUCAUUUGACCAGAUUUGGCAAUAAGAUUUAUACCAAUAUCAUCUUUGUAUUUCUGGGAAUUUCUGUAGCAUACAUGUAGUAGCUGAACAAACAUCAGCUCUUUGUUUGGUGAUAUUUCGUUUUUUUUCUUAAAACAUUAAUUGCCACUGUUGUUAAAUCUGGUCUUGAAUUAAAGAUAUA